CCUGCCGACGCUCGCCUCCAGCCUCCAGGUUUGAACUCGCCGUGUCCUCCGCCAGGUGCGUCCUUCCAGGUUUGUUUACUAGGGACGCUCUUCCUUCCGGGUGUGACAAUGUUUUUCACCCUUUCUUUGAGUUUAUCAUUCUCUCCCCUGGGCUUCCACAUCACUGUGCUGUGGAUAGUCGCGCAACUCUCACCACACCAGUUUACAAUUUAGGAAUAAUAAUGGCUACCACUGACUCAGUCAAAACAAAGGUGCGUCGAAUUGCUGAGCGCCGGACCACACUGCUGGGCUUGACCCCUCAGGGCCACCGUCCCCACCCGUUUUUCCGGCUUGCCUUAAAACGCCCACCGCGUAAGUGCGUAGGCGGGAGGGCGGGCUCAAGUCAAGCUGGCGGAGUCCAUUGGCUGUACAGGGCCGAGGGAGGCGGAGUGAGGCCUCAGCGUGACGUAAGGACGCUAAGGACAGGACGUCGAAGCCAAAGGACGGCAAGAGACAGCCGGGCGGCCGAGCCGCGUCGUGGCCGUGUUGCUAUCGCCUUGGGACGUUGCUAACGUGUCGUGGAAACAAAGGGCCCCGACAGUGAAAAAGCAGUCUGGCUCCCGAGGUCCACCCCUUAUACCCCAAGGUCCAGAUGGCGGCCAACGUGGGUGAUCAGCGUACCACAGAUUGGUCCUCUCAAUACAGCAUGGUGGCUGGGGCAGGCAGAGAGAAUGGCAUGGAGACCCCAAUGCACGAGAACCCGGAGUGGGAGAAGGCUCGCCAGGCUUUGGCCAGCAUCAGCAAAGCAGGAGCUGCCGGCAGUUCCACCAAGGCCAGCAGUAAUGGGCCUGUGGCCAGUGCACAAUACGUGUCACAGGCAGAAGCUUCAGCUUUACAGCAGCAGCAGUACUACCAGUGGUAUCAGCAGUACAAUUACGCCUACCCCUACAGCUACUACUAUCCCAUGAGCAUGUACCAGAGCUACGGCUCCCCCUCCCAGUACGGGAUGGCCGGCUCCUAUGGCUCAGCCACGCCCCAGCAGCCAUCAGCACCCCAGCACCAGGGGACUCUGAACCAGCCUCCAGUCCCUGGCCUGGAUGAGAGCAUGUCCUACCAGGCUCCGCCUCAGCAGCUGCCAGCAGCCCAGCCUCCUCAGCCCUCCAACCCCCCUCAUGGGGCUCAUGCGCUGAACAGUGGCCCUCAGCCCGGGACAGCCCCAGCCACACAGCACAGCCAGACGGGGCCCGCCUCGGGCCAGGCCUAUGGGCCGCACACCUAUACUGAGCCUGCCAAGCCCAAGAAGGGCCAGCAACUGUGGAACCGCAUGAAACCUGCCCCUGGGACUGGAGGUCUCAAGUUCAACAUCCAGAAACGGCCCUUUGCUGUCACCAACCAGAGCUUUGGUUCCAACGCAGAGGGCCAGCACAGUGGCUUCGGCCCCCAGCCCAACCCUGAGAAAGCCCAGAACCACAGCGGGCCUUCUGCCCGGGGAAACCUGUCCGGGAAGCCCGACGAUUGGCCCCAGGACAUGAAGGAGUAUGUGGAGCGUUGCUUCACUGCCUGUGAGUCGGAGGAGGACAAGGACCGGACAGAGAAGCUGCUCAAGGAGGUGCUGCAGGCCCGGCUGCAGGAUGGCUCAGCCUAUACCAUCGACUGGAGCCGGGAGCCUCUGCCAGGGCUAACCCGGGAGCCUGUGACUGAGAGCCCCAAGAAGAAGCGGUGGGAGGCCCCUAGCAGUCUUCACCCUCCUAGGGGGGCAGGCUCGGCGACGAGGGGCGGGGGUGCCCAGUCCCAGCGAGGGACACCAGGGGCUGGGGGUGCUGGCCGAGCCCGGGGCAGCAGCUUCACCAAGUUUGGCAACCGAAAUGUCUUCAUGAAGGACAACAGCUCUUCCUCCAGCACAGAUUCCCGUUCCCGCUCCUCCUCCAGGUCCCCGACCCGCCACUUUCGCAGAAGUGACUCCCACUCGGACUCUGACAGUUCCUACUCAGGGAAUGAGUGUCACCCUGUGGGCCGCAGGAACCCACCUGCCAAGGGCCGAGGUGGUCGAGGGGCCCACAUGGAUCGGGGCCGAGGCAGGGCACAGCGUGGGAAGAGACACGAUCUAGCUCCAACCAAGCGCAGCCGCAAGAAGAUGGCAGCCCUGGAGUGUGAGGACCCCGAGCGUGAUCUUAAGAAGCAAAAGCGGGCAGCCCGCUUCCAGCAUGGACACUCCCGCCGCCUACGCCUCGAGCCCCUGGUGCUGCAGAUGGGUAGCCUGGAGAGCAGCGGGGCCGACCCUGACUGGCAGGAGCUGCAGAUUGUGGGCACCUGCCCUGACAUCACCAAGCACUACCUGCGACUCACCUGUGCCCCUGACCCAUCCACCGUGCGCCCUGUAGCAGUUUUAAAGAAGUCGCUGUGCAUGGUCAAGUCCCACUGGAAAGAGAAACAAGACUACGCCUUUGCAUGUGAACAGAUGAAGUCGAUCCGGCAGGAUCUGACGGUACAAGGUGUCCGCACUGAGUUCACAGUGGAGGUGUACGAGACCCACGCCCGCAUCGCCUUGGAGAAGGGAGACCAUGAAGAGUUUAACCAGUGCCAGACGCAGCUUAAGUCACUAUAUGCUGAGAAUUUGCCCGGCAAUGUGGGCGAGUUUACUGCCUACCGGAUUCUCUAUUUUAUCUUCACUAAGAACUCAGGAGACAUCACCACAGAGCUGGCAUACCUCACCCGGGAACUGAAGGCAGACCCUUGUGUGGCCCAUGCCUUGGCGCUAAGGGCGGCGUGGGCUCUGGGCAACUACCACCGCUUCUUCCGGCUCUAUUGUCAUGCACCCUGCAUGUCUGGCUACCUCGUGGACAAGUUUGCAGACCGGGAGCGCAAGGCUGCCCUCAAGGCAAUGAUCAAAACGUAUGUGGCGCUGAGCUCCCCCUCUGCCCUCUGCUCUUCUGGCCCUUUUGCCUCACAUUGCCCCCAACACACUCCUGGCCACAGGCCGCCUCGUUCCCCAUUGUUGGGGCCACCUCCCCCGUGUCCUGGCUUUCUCUCCCACCUCUUCUUUCGUUACUCAGCUCUUCUCUCUGCAGCCCCUUUUGCUUUCCUUCUCACAGCCAUUCUCUGUGUUCCGGGUCCCUCCUCCGUGCCCUCCUCCUUCUCUUUCUCCUCCCACCAUUCUUAUCUCACUGCUCCUGCGUUCCCAUCUCCACCCCGUCCUGUGCUUCUCUUCCUCCUGUUCAAGUCUGCCUGGACCCUAAUUCAUCUCUUGGCUCUGAGCUCUGGCCUCCCUUCCCUCCAAGGUCUCUGUCCACCUUUUACAGCUUCUCACUAUGCUCUCACUCUGUAGAAACAACCUAGACAGCUUUCGGUCUAACUGGACAGGGCCCAUAUUCCCACUCAGCUCCUCUAAGAGUGCCAGAAACAUUUAGGGAGACCCGUUGAUGGGGCAGCCAUGCUGCAGGUGGUGCAGAAAGGCUGUUGGACAGCUGGGCCCUGGCUUACUGAGCAGGUCCUCUGUUUACCAGACAUUGGGUUGGGCUCACUGGGUGUACUGGGGGAGAUGCUUGACUCAUGCCUAGACCCCUUGGUUCUCAGUCCAGGGAAUGAAGGGACCCCAGGGAAUAUCAGACAAUGUCAGGAGAUGUUUUUGGUUGUCACAGCAAAGGGAUGCUACUGGAAUAUAGUGGGUAGAAGCCAGUGAUGCUGCUAAGCAUACUGCAGCGCCCAGGGUGGCCCCCACAGGGUAAGCUGGCCCCAAAUGUCAGUGUUGCGGAGGUUGUGAAACGCCAGUCGAAGAGGUGGGUUGGUAGGCUGAGGGGUCUUGAAUGCCAGGCCAGCUGGCCUCUUGAUGACAGUAGUAGUCACAGGAUGGUUUGGAGCUGGGGAUGGGCCAUGGAGGUUAGGAAACUCGUUCUGGGAUCUAGUUUGGGUAAAGCCAACUUUAGGGAGAGGCUGAGCUAGGGUGGACCCCACAGGAGCAGAAGAGGACAUGGGGUGGUACACAUGCAGGAGGCACAGUGCACAGCACUCAUCACUAGCUCAGGAAGUGACGAAGGAGGAGACAGUGAGGCCACCCAGCCCUCUGUGACUUGAUAGGGCCCGAGACGGGCAGCUGUUAAGCUUCAGUGCUAUACAUGGUGUGUGGUUGGAUGAACCAGCCUUGGCUGGUGACACGGCCCUGAGUGUCCUUUGUGGGUGAGCCCUGGUUUGUCAUUGGCCUCAGUUUCAGUGCCUUCCUGCCUAGGAGGCUGGAGCCACCACUCCUUGACAAGCAUCCUUCCUCAGGCCCCAGAGCUGUGUCCUUGCAGGCCAGCUCAGGCUGGGAGACGGAGCAGGCUCUCUGAUCCCAGGGUCGCACUGGCUUUGGAGCAGAACCAGCUUCUAGUACUUAGUGCCACUCACUCAGUGCCUUUAUUGAGUGUGUGUAAAGGGCCUGGCAACGCGGCCUCUGUAAAAGGGUCCUGUGAGUUAAUGGGAAGCUCUGGGGACAGCUGAUUGCUGGCACAUGUCAAGUGCGCAACCAAUAGUAUCUCUUCUUAAUAGCAACCAAAAAUUGCUGCUUUGAGUAUAUAGCAAUGAGUGCUGGCUGGUACACCUGUGCUCAGGUUCCCAAAAGCACUCUGACCCAGGGCAGGGGAAGCAGCAAGGGCUGGGGUCCCCAGGGUGGCACCGGCAGCCCCACUGUCCUGUCCCAUCCCAUGUGCUUCUCCCUCCAUCUGGUCACUGCCCCUCAGCCAGCGGAGGAGCCCGCUGGGCCCUUUCCCUCCCGGCCCCUGCCCUUCCUGACCCCCUGCACAGGUAAGUGAGGGUGAGGGGGGGCACAGCUGGGGACUGGGGCCACCAACCCCACCCCGGGCCCCCCCAAGCCCCUGAGGUGGGGAGGUUGGGAGAGGGUGGGGGAGCCAGCAGGUACCGUCCUGAGGAAACCCUGUGGGUACCCGAAUGGGGGGCCUCGCUCCCUCCUCGUGGGGCCCUCGCCUGCCCGCCUCAUCGCUUUCUCCUCUUGUCUCCGUAGCUUCCGCCCUGCGCUGCCAGUCUCCUACCUGCAGGCCGAGCUGGCCUUCGAGGGCGAGGCCGCCUGCCGGGCCUUCCUAGAGCCCCUAGGCCUGGCCUACACGGGCCCGGACAACUCCAGCAUCGACUGCCGCCUCAGCCUGGCGCAGCUGUCAGCCUUCUGAGCACCCAGCGAGGAUGGGGGCGGGGGGGCAGGGGCUGCAGCCCCCCAACGCCGCCUUUGCGGAUUUUGUUUUUGAGCCGUGGACUUGGGUUGUAAAUUAAUUUGUGGGGAUCAGGCUCCAGGAAGAGCCACUGUCCCUGCCCCCGUUUUCCCACCGGGGAAUCUGUACAGAGAUUUUUUCUACAUUUUUAUUUUUUGCCUCAGAGGGAUGGGAUUCGGGGAGGAGGGAGUGGGACAGCAGAGGGUUGGGGGCAUGGUCUGUAGGCUUGUCUGUCCACCCUUCACCUCCACUAAUGCUGUCUCAGUGUUUUUUCUCUCUCUCUUUCGAGCUUGUACUCCGGUACCCGACCCGGCGCCCUGGCCUAUCCCAUGCCAGGGGGGCCAGUGGAAAGAAGACAGGCUGUCCAGCCCGGGCCCGCCUGCGGCGGGGGCAACCAGCCACCCAGCCCACCGCCUGCUGUCUCAUCUGCCUCAUCACAGACUCUUGUUGCCCAGCCCUCUGGGGCCUCAGUGUUUGGGGUGAGGGGAGCUGCUUAGAGACUAUGCCCCACCCUCGGCCCCCCACCCCAGAAACGCCAAUGCCAGCACCACCACCACAGAUCCACCACCACGGCGCACUGAGGACUCCGGAGGCCAUCGCGGGACCUCGCCGGCCGGGCCGCCUCGUCUCAAGUUGUAUUAAGUUGUCUCCGUGUCCCCUCCUCCCUCUACCCCCAAUGUUUCUUCUGGUUUUUUUUUCUCCUUUCCCUCCCUCCCUCUUCCUGCUUCCCAUCCCCCCCUUGGUUCAGCACAGGUAAAAUGGUUACCCCUCCCUCCCCGCCUUCAUGGAUCACCAGCUCACGUCAUGUUUCCUUCUCUUUUCUUUUUGUGUGUGUUUAUUUAAGUUAUUUUUCUUCUUCCUCCCCCUUUUCUUUUUGGUCCUCCCUCCCUCUUCUGCCAUGUAACUGGAGGAUGUGCUAUGAGUUUGCAAACAGCUGGACUGUCAGGCUGCUUUUUUUCCAGAUGUUCCUCCUCUGCCUCCCCUUCCCCUCCUCUCCUCUCCCCUUUCCUUCCUUCAUUCUUUCCUUGGAGCACUGAGCACCAUUUGGAAGCUUGAGAGAAACCAAAAUUAAAGAGAGAGAGAGAGAGAGAAAGCA